UUUGUGCGCGUCACAUUAGAUAUCAAGUUGUUUUCUAUUUCGUCCAUUUCUGACAAUCUCUGAGCCAAUCACACAAGUAUUCCAAGCAAUAUGGACACGCCGCGUCGCAAACUGCGCAACCUGCACAUGGAGAAUGUGCAGAACAAUAGCACACCCAUACGAAUACCACCAUCACCGAUGCUGAAAACACUUGGACACGGCACCGGUGUCAGUGUCUAUCGCCUGGAUAGGUCACCAAAGUUGGGACGCAUACGUUCACCGUGGGCCGUUAAGCGCAUCACACAGCGCACCAGGGCCAAAAAGGAUCCAGUCUACAAUGACCGCAUCAUACACGAAGCAGCCAUUUUGCGCAAGUUGAAUCAUCCGAACAUUGUUGGCUUUCGGGGCGUUAUCAAAUCAUCGGAGGGCGUGGAUGCAUUGGCAUUGGAAAUGUGCAGUACGUCGCUGGGCUCCAUAUUGGAGGAGCGUCACGAUGAGGAUCUUGGACCGUUGCCCGCCAAACACACAUUCAAAAUGAUAAUGGACAUUGCCCAUGCUCUGGACUUUUUGCACACCGAGGCGCGUCUGCUGCACGGCGAUCUCAAGUCCUUCAACGUUCUGGUCAAGGGCGAGUUUGAAAUCUGCAAGCUCUGCGACUUUGGCGUCUCACUGCCGCUCGAUGAGAAUGGCGAGAUUAACUUUCACAAAAAUCCGCAUCUACAAUAUGUGGGCACGCAACUGUGGUCGCCGCCAGAGAUCAUGGACGAGGUGGAGAUCAUCGACAGCAAAGCUGACAUCUUUAGUUUUGGCCUGAUCAUAUACGAGACGCUGGCGCUGGUGCCGCCGCACACGCUCGAACUGGACGCGGCCUUCAACAGCAGCUCAAUCAUUGACUUGGACAGCUCACAGGAGCUGCCGCAGCGCAAGCAGCUCAACUACUCGGACGAGGGCCAUACGAGCGCCGCACACACGCAACCGGACGUGUCCAGCGGCAAAGAGUGCGCCGACGAUGCGUCCAUUUACACCGAUGAGGACGAUACCAAAGAGAAUGACAUUUCCGACUAUUCUCUGACGCAUGUGGAGCAGGCGUAUGGCACACGGCCGCCGUUGCCGGUUGCCUUUCAGCUCAGCGAUGAUUACAAUUGUGUUGUCGAGCUGUUCUAUUUGUGCACCAAUGCCCACAGCGAGGAUCGGCCUGCUGCACGCACCAUUUGGCAAUGUUUCGAGAAUAAUGCGGCCAAUGUGGCAGCUGGCAGUGAUGCGGCCAGCGACUAAGCCUCUCUGGCUGCCAAUUAAACCAUAAACGUUAACUAUAAACAAGUAACUAGUUUUGUAAGCCUGCAUUUGUGUAUCUCUCUCUCCUCUCUCUCUCUCUCUAUCUGUCUGUCUAUCUAUCUCUGUUCCUCUGACCCGUUCCUCCCCUCUCGCUGUUUGUGUCCCCGUCUGUGUACCUAAAUGUAUAAUUCCUCAUUCGCUGUAAAAAGAAUGCAACUGCAACAUAUUUUGAAGAAGGCCAAAAGAGAAAAACCCAAUUAUAUAUUUCAACAAUUUCAUCUAGUUUUAGGCUCAACACACACACACACACACAC